UCCUCUUCUUACCCUGCACCCAGAGCCUGGCCGGAGAGGACAAGGGCAGGAGGCACCAUGAGUGGGGGCCCUGUGGGAGGCAGGUCUGGGGGUCGCGGAGGACCAGGGGUUCAGCAGAACAUACCCUCCACACUCCUCCAGGACCAUGAGAACCAGCGACUCUUCGAGAUGCUGGGUCGGAAAUGCUGGACAUUGGCCACCGCUGUUGUUCAGCUGUACCUGGCACUGCCUCCUGGAGCUGAGCACUGGACCAAGGAGCAUUGUGGGGCUGUGUGCUUCGUGAAGGAUAACCCCCAGAAGUCCUACUUCAUCCGUCUUUACGGCCUUCAGACUGGUCGGCUGCUCUGGGAACAGGAAUUGUACUCACAGUUGGUCUACUCCACUCCCACCCCCUUCUUCCACACCUUUGCUGGAGAUGCCUGCCAAGCAGGGCUGAACUUUGCAGACGAGGGCGAGGCCCAGGCCUUCCGGGCCCUGGUGCAGGAGAAGAUCCAAAAAAGGAAUCAGAGGCAAAGUGGAGAUAGACGCCAGCUACCCGCACCACCAGCACCAGCCAAUGAAGAGAGAAGAGGAGGGCUCCCACCCUUGCCCCCACAUCCAGGUGGAGACCAAGGAGGCCUGGCAUCUGGCCAACUGUCCCUGGGGCUAGUAACAGUGGACAUCCAGAACCCGGACAUCACGAGUUCACGAUACCGUGGGCUCCCAGUGCCUGGGCCUGGCCCAGCUGAGAAGAAACGCUCAGGGAAGAAGAAGAUCAGCAAGGCUGAUAUUGGUGCACCAAGUGGAUUCAAACAUGUCAGCCACGUGGGGUGGGACCCCCAGAAUGGAUUUGACGUAAAUAACCUGGACCCGGACCUGCGGAGUCUGUUCUCCAGGGCAGGAAUCAGUGAGGCCCAGCUCACGGAUGCCGAGACCUCCAAACUUAUCUACGAUUUCAUUGAGGACCAGGGUGGCCUGGAGGCUGUGCGGCAGGAGAUGAGGCGCCAGGAGCCGCUUCCACCGCCCCCACCACCAUCCAGAGGAGGAAACCAGGCCCCCCGGCCCCCUACUAUGGGGAGCAGUAAGGGUCGUUCUGGUCCACUGCCCCCUGUACCUUUGGGAGGUGCUCCACCCCCACCCACUCCCCGGGGGCCCCCACCCCCAGGCCGAGGGGGCCCUCCCCCACCUCCUGCUCUGGGGCCCACGGGGGCCCUGGCUCCUGGUGGAGGUCGGGGGGCACUUUUGGAUCAAAUCCGGCAGGGAAUUCAGCUGAACAAGACGCCCGGGGCCCCAGAGAGCUCAGCCUUGCAGCCUCCGCCUCAGAGCUCAGAAGGGCUGGUGGGAGCCCUGAUGCAUGUGAUGCAGAAGAGAAGCAAAGCCAUCCACUCCUCAGACGAAGGGGAGGACCAGGCCGGCGACGAGGAUGAGGACGAUGAGUGGGACGACUGAGUCACCCUCCCCACCAAUUCUGAGCCUCCUCCCCUGGCAGCUGCUGCUUGCUGCCCUCCACUCCUGGCCUCCGGGCCCCUCAGGCCCUGUUUCUUCCCCGCCGACCCUUCCAAUGCAGUUAUUUCAGACUGGUCCCCAACAUUCAGCCUAGCAGUAGCCAGGGCCCCAUUUUAUACAGAAUUUCUCGGUUCUCCUCACACAAGGAUUUUGAAACCAAAAUAAAAUAACUGUCUUUUUGUUUCUCUAAA